UUCGUUCACGCUUCUUGAUCAUAUCGUCCCUCGGUAGUCGUCUGUUUCUUGACAUUCUCCUAAAUUGGGACAAAACUAGGGUUAGGGUUUCGAGAGAGUGGAAAGAUGAAAGCCUCAGAGGUUUCGACCAACGCCAAAACCAACAAUGGCGAAAGCGAAUCGAAGAGGAGAGAGAACAAGAAACCCCCAUUCAGACCAGCAAAAGACGACACGAAGCCGCUUCUCCGGGACCCCAUCCUCAGAUCCGACCCGAUAGAGACCGAAGAAGCCGUGCUCCGACUGCCUCCUUUCCCCUUUUCUUCCAGACCAGAAUCCCAGUCCUAGGGUUCAAGGAUUUUUUCGUACGUUUUGCUUCUGUAGAACUCGGAUGAUGAACUCGUUUGGAAUUUUCUUGGGAUGUUUUUUUCCUUGAUCUUGUUAGCUCGUUAGGUACCCUGUUGCAAAUCUUCAAUGUUCCAAUUUGUGAUCUUUGAUUUAGAUAAUGGUGAUCUUUCAAUAAAACUAUCUGUACACCACCGCAUUGUGGGGUCCCACAUAUGAUAUGAUAGAAGCCGCUCAAUUUAUUUCAAA